AUGCCGGGCACCAAGGAAGUCUUCGACUUCGACAUGCACUUCAUGGAUGAGUUCCUGAACAUGACGGACCCUCCACUCAUGGAGGACAUCGAGAUGGACUUCAAGAAUGUUGAAGAACUUACCCCAAUUGUGCCAGACUACGAUGCCUGGGCACAGCAGCUUUCUCAUUGCCCAACAUUCCAAGACGACAGCACCAUGUCGAGUCCACCGGCCAUGGUGUUCCCCCAACGAAUCACUUACAUGUAUGAGCAGCCCUCGUUCGCACAGACAAGUCCAGAAAUGUUGAUGCUGCGGUUCGACCGACUAACCUGCGGCAUUCUUUCCAUCAAGGAUGGGCCAAACGAGAACCCAUGGCGUACACUGAUCUGGCCGAUGGCUCAAACCUCGCCAGCACUGUAUCACGCCAUUUCUUCGAUGACCGCAUUCCAUUCCUCUCGGGAUAUUCCCGCUCUACGUGUAGCAGGACAUGAGCACAAGAGUGAGAGUGUACGAAACUUGCUCGAAGGUAUCGAGGAAAGUACCAUGAACCUUGACACAGCUAUUGCCACCACACUGGCCCUAGCCUUUGCAGAGACUUGGGACCAACACCUUUCGAGCGGCAAUGACCACAUUCAAGGUGCCCGAGCCAUGAUUAACAUUGCGCUCAACCAGCACAAGCAAUCGGCUUUGACAGGCCUGAACCUCGCAAGACUCAAGUUCCUUGCCAACGCCUGGGUCUACCUGGAUGUCCUCUCCCGUGUGACUACUGCAGAUGAAGACACCUCUGACGACUAUGACAAUCUCUAUUGUCUUUACAGUAAUCCUGAAAGUCCUCAUAUUGGUCCGUCAGGUCACCCGGGGUUCGGCAUCGAUUUUGGUCUGCCGAUAGACUCUACUCUCGACCCUUUGAUGGGUUGUGCAAGCACUUUGUUCCCACUGAUCGGUCGUACAGCAAACUUGAUUCGUCGCGUAUAUCGCGCCGAGUCGAACUCGCCUCCCAUGAUCAGCCAAGCCAUGGAACUUAAGCUAAUGCUCGAGACAUGGGAGCCACCAGCUUUCGUUGAACCGCCAGAAGAUCCCACUUGUGACGUUCGUCAUGCUUUGCAAACAGCGGAGGCGUAUCGCUGGGCUACACUCUUGUACCUGCACCAAGCACUUCCUGAAAUCCCUGAACGCCUUACAACGGCAGACAUGGCAAAGAAAGUGCUCGUGUUCUUAGCUACCGUGCCGCUUGCCAGUCGUUGUGUCAUCAUCCACGUCUACCCUCUCUUUAUGGCUGGCUGUGAAGCCGACGUAGAAGAGGAUAGACAGUGGAUCAAGAGCCGCUGGGCUGCCAUGUCACAACGCAUGAGAAUUGGUAUCAUUGACAAGUGUGUCGAUGUCAUGGAGGAGGUUUGGCGCAGGAGGGACGAGUACAAGAACAAGGUCUUGCCUAGCAAGGUCGUGCCUGUGAGACGAAACAUGGUUUCACCUUCAGAUUUGCAAUCAUCUGUAGGCAACAACAGACCGGCUGCAAACAGACGUGGCUCGUCGUUCAACAGCAUUGCAGGCGCAAGCGAAGGCACCAUGGCUUGGGCGAACAAACUGCGACGCAUGACCGUAGGCGACCCAGACAAGAUGGAUUCAGCAUCCAUCUCGUGUCGAGGCUCUCGUGAUGCAGUGAAUGGAGCAACAGGCACACUGCUCACAGUGCGUGGAAGGUUGCAUUGGAUUGGUGUGAUGAAAGAUUGGGGUUGGGAAGGUGAGUCUCUUUGCAAAAAAGUCCAGGUUUUCGCAUAA